GACGUGCCGCCGCCCGCCGUGCGCUUCGUCACCGACAACUCCAGCAUCGUCACCGCGCAGACCGGCUCCACGGCGCUCAUCCCCUGCGUUGUCAGCAACCUGGGUGACGGCAUGGUGUCGUGGAUUAGGCGCAAGGAUUACCACCUGCUGACCGUGGGUCUGGUGACGUACACAGGGGACGAUAGGUACCAGGCCAUCCACGUGCAGCACUCUGAGGACUGGACGCUGCAGAUCAAGUAUGUGCAGCAGCGCGAUGCUGGUCUGUACGAAUGCCAAGUGUCGUCACAUCCGCCCACGUCUAUCUUCAUCGACCUCAGAGUAGUGGAGGCGAGAGCGGAGAUCGCGGGGCCGUCGGAGAAGUACCUGAAGCUGGGCAGCGCGCUGCGAUUGGUGUGCACGGUCCGGCAGAGCACGGAGCCGCCCGUCUACGUCUUCUGGUACCAUAACAACCGCAUGGUCAACUACGACGCCGACCGCGGCAUCAACGUCACCACCGACCGACCAGCCAAGUCGAGCACGCUGCUGGUGCCCAGCGCCGCGCGCGAGCACUCCGGGAACUACUCGUGCGUGCCCAACGACGCGCAGCCGGCCAGCACCUACGUCCACAUACUCAACGGAGAGAACCCUGCGGCGAUGCAGCACGGCGGGCGGGCGCUGUCUUGGCUGCGAUGUCCUUCGGCGUGGCUGUUGCUGGCCAGUAUAGCAGCCGCUCUGUGCGCCGGGCCUGCCGCCGUCCUAGGGGCCGAUCCAUAGCGGGCCACCACCAUCUGAACAUGUCUGCAUUUUCUGAGACCACCCGGCGGAGGAUGACGAGCGUCUGGCGGCAGACUGUCACUCCGGUGUGCGACUUAUGUGUGAACGAUUUCAGGGGAACUUUCCCUACGGACUGCUGGAGACGAAGCGUUUUGUAUGGGAUUGAUGGAAGAUGGAUGGUGGCCAGGUGGGAGGUGGUUUAGUGGUGCGUUCAGACAUCUUCAGCUAAUGCUACGAACAUGUUGUAGUUAUUUGCCUAUUCAUAUCAAUAACUGUGUCUCUGAAUUGUUAACACGACGUUAAAGGUUGGCUAAACUGAUGGAAUCUCAUCCUUAUACUACUAUGGUGGUUCUUCAUUUGUGGAACAUCACAAGAACAUUACGUGGUGCUUUGCGGUUAAGAAGGUCGGCACUAACCUCAAAAGACUUCUUACGUCAAAAAUGAGUGUGCUAACGGCCAACGUAUACUAUUGAUUCCACCGAGUGCGAACGCCUAUGUCCAGUGAAUGAACAUGAAACUGUAUUCCGUAAAUCCAUAAUACCUAUUCAUUCCUUUUUUUCUUAUCCGCCCUUAACCUGGAUGUGGCUCGUCGGGAAAUAUACGUAAAUUAUUUUAAUAUUAAAAUUAUGGGACAGAGACGGAAUCUGGACUUGUGCGAACUGAAUCAUGACACACUAUUUUCUAUAAAUAUUAAACAGAUCGCAAAUAAAAAUGAAAAAUCAUUA